AUGGCGGCCGAACUGCCAGGCUACUACUUCGAUCCCGAAAAGAACCGUUACUUCAAAAUCCAGGCAAACCAUAUUGCGCCGGCAGAAUCGAAGUACAGCCGUCAGGCGGUCAAGGCAGAGAAGGUCAUCAAGAAAGCCCAACGGCAGGAUGAAUUGCUCCGCCAGUCGAAGCUCACGGAGACGGUGACGCGCUCGAAGCUUUUGCAACAUCCUUUGCUGGUAUUUGACAGACGACUGGGCCAUCUACGAAAGGGUACCGGAGCACUCGUUUCGGAAUACUAUGCCGCCGGUCUCAAGGGGAAUAGCGCUUUCAGCGACCACUUGCCCCGGGGAGGCCGUGUGCCGAGGAGGCCGCCAGACACUCAAAGUAUUCCGGCGUCUGGAUUGUUUUCUAUCGAAGAAACAUCGGGCACCUUGUUUGCAGAUUGCUGGUGGAGGAGGACGGAUGAUCCUGACAUUUACGACACCUACAUGCUCGCUUGUCACCCGGGGUCGCCUCUUGACGUGGCGGAACAAGAUCUUCAAGACUCCGCGAGUUGGCCAGUCCGUCGAAACCAUGAAAAGGGCGCUCUGUACAAGUACAGCAAUGCCGAAGAGUUCAAUAUUACGUAUAGAACGUUGGCUAUCCUUGCCAUGGGGUCCGGUCUGGUCGUUUGGUCCGAGGACCGCGCGGUUACUUCUCGUGCAUCGCCCUUUGAAUCGGUGGUCAGGGUAGGAGCAUGCCGUUCGGGACCCUUCGGGGACAGACACGACAUGAUCCACCAGGCAUCGUGUGCUCACAUGGUCCGCGGUCUUGCGGCACAGCCGGGCGAACACACGGCUGCCCUGACUACCGAACGAGGCCUGCUCCUCAUGGACCUCUCACACGCGAGUUACCCGCUCAGAGAAUACCCGAUGGGCACCAACGAGAUGAUGACGGCCACGUUCAAAGACCGCAACACCGUCAUGGGCGGGACGCGCUCGGGCAAAAUGCUGCUGUGCGACAUCCGCGCGCCGCCGCCGCGCAACACGAGCGGCCGAGCGACCGCGACGCGGCUCCAGCACGGGGACGCCGUCAUGGGCCUCGCGGCGCUCCCGGACGGCGGCAACCGGAUCCUCAUCAGCGGCCUGCGGAGCAUGAAGAUCUACGACCUGCGCUUCACGCCGCCCCCGACCCUGGUGUGCCACCUGCCCCGGUCCAACUCGUUCAAAGCGAGCCCCUCGGUGCUGACCUUCAACAUCCCCGCGACCCACCAGUCCAGGAGGUACGGGAUGAGCUUCUGCUACGAUCCCGAGUUGAAUAUCGUCUUGCGCUCCUCCACCGACGACCACAAGAACCACCGCGCCGCCCUCUGGUCGGCCACCACCGGCCGCCUGCUCCCGGGCCCGCUCAACAACCACCGCUUCGAGUCCCCCAUCGAUUGUGCCGCCAUGGUCCGCGUCAGGGACGGUCCAAAGAGCAUCUUCAUCUCCAGCGACAAGUUGAUCACCGAGUGGACUCCGCAGGGCAGGGGCGCGGGAGACGACCAGGAAUGA